ACUGUUACAUAACACACACUCAUAUAAAGGAGGGAGAGGACAGAAAGGUAGCAGACAUCUGGAGCUGAAGGUAUUCAAGAUGGAUAAAGGCAGCUGGAAACACUCCCUGCUGCUGGCUGUGGUGUUAGCCAACGCGUAUGCAGAAGCUUCAUUUUCCUGGCACAUGGAUGACUUCAUCCAGGCGGUGAAGCAGGUGGAGAACGGGGUCCCGGGGUCGGGUCCUGUGGCCGUGUUGAAGCGCCUCCGCCAUGCAGCCGGACUCAACGACGCCCUCAUCCAAUACUUCCUUCGUGCUGCAGACUCCGGUGGUGCUGAAAUGGACGUGAGCCUCUUGUCUUUCAUUAGCAAGGCUGUGCACCACAGGGUGACGGAGGAGAAUCAAGAGGAAGGCGUGGUUCUGACGCCCGAUGGCACCACCGUGGCAUUAACACCGCUCCUCCUGGGCCUCGAGGCAGGCUUCCUGUCCAAGAAUAAGGACCGUGUUCGCGGACUGCUCAAACUCACCUUCACCAAAGACCUGGAGAGCCAUCCUUUGAGCCACCAUCUUGGACCGGACGGAUGCUGGGACAACGUCUCCUUGCCUCAGGUCUUCACCCUCCUGGACCAACCUGGAGUCCUCACCACCGCUCAGAUCAACGGAGGCAUGGACGGCUUCGUUCUGGGGACGGAGAUUGCGUUCCCUUCAACAUCCGGACGACCUCUGACGCUCAGUGGCAUUCUGACGGAGUAUUACUGCCACAACCUGGAGGUCGGAGGGAUGGACGUCGCCCCCCGACUCAUUAGCCGACGACGCAGGGAAAAUUUCAGAAAGCUGGGGGUCCCUUCGAUAACGGCCCGAGAGGUGGUGAAAUCUGUGGAGAAGCAGCGGAGAGUGAUGGGCCUCAAAAAGAUGGAUUUGAAGAAAAAGAAGCAGCUGAUGACUCUGGUGAAGGAGGGAGUGAAGGAGUUCGUCCAGGAGUACUUGGAGUGCCCGCCCAUCAUCCCUCGCUGCAUGUGGGGUGCAAAGCCUUACAAAGGGACUCCCACCAACCUCACCCUGCCUCUGCCCUUCCUCUACAUCCACCACACCGCCACUCCCAGUGACCCCUGCCUCACCUUGCAGCAGUGCUCAGCGGACAUGAGGUCCAUGCAGCGCUUCCACCAGGACGACCGGGGCUGGGCAGACAUCGGAUACAGGUACAGGGAGGGAGGGGUCUCAGGUUAA